AUGUCCGGUCUUGAACAACUGUUAUUCCAACUCAAGUUUACCGCUAAACAACUUAACCGUCAAGCCGCGAAGGCGGCCAAGGAAGAAACCCAGGAAAGAGCUAAAAUAAAGAAGGCUCUCACCCAGGGCAAUAAUGAUAUCGCUCAACUCUAUGCCCAAAAUGCCAUUCGCAAGGCCAACGAACGAGUCAACUUGUUGAGAUUGGCACUGCGUAUUGAUGCGGUGGCUCUGAGAGUGCAAACUGCCGUGACGAUGCGUUCAGUCACAGGCAACAUGUCGCAAGUUAUUCGUGGGAUGGAUAAGGCCUUACAAACGAUGAAUCUCGAACGCAUUCUGAUGGUCAUGGACAAGUUUGAGUCUCAAUUUGAAGAUCUUGAUGCUCUGACUAAUUACUACGAAGCCACUACAAACAAUGUGAACGCUUUAACCACGCCGCAAGACCAGGUUGACGAGUUAAUGAGUCAAGUGGCGGAUGAAGCUGGUAUCGAAAUGAAGCAAGGACUCAAUGAAACUCAGAUCGAAAUUAACGCUCCUGUUGUGGGCAUUUCUGAGGAGAAAGAAGACAAGUUGGCUGAACGUUUACGUGCGCUUCGGAAUUAA